CUGCUACAACCACAACCACAGUUGCUCCAACCACAACCACAGCUGCUACAACCACAGCCACAGCUGCUCCCACCACAACCACAGCUGCUCCAACCACAACAACAGCGGCUCCAACCACAACCACAGUGGCUCCAACCACAACAACAGCAGCUCCAACCACAACCACAGCUGCUCCAACUACAACCACAACAGCUGCUUCAACCACAUUAACUGCAGCUAUAACCUCAAUAGGUGGUCCAAACACAACAGCUCCAAACACAACAGUUGCUCCAAUUACAACCACCCCAACUCCAAUCACAUUUGUUGAUGAUCCAACCACAGCAGCAGCUCCAACUACAACCACAUCACCUCCAACCACAACAGCUGCUCCGACCAUUUCAACAGCAGCUCCAACUUCAACCACAGGAUCCCAUUCUGAACCCACAUAUGCCCCCACAGAAACAACUACUUUAAAAACUACAACUGAACCUCCUGCUCCAGUGUAUGUUCUUGCAGCAACCAUUAUUGUACCAUAUGAUGAACAACUUAAAAACAAAUCCAGCAAAUUGUUUAUGGAUCUUGAGAAAAAAGUCAUAGAAACAUAUGACUUAAUCUACAAAAAGAAGUUUGGAAUCCUCUUCAGUCAUAGUUUUGUCAUUGCAUUUAGAAAUUCCACACAAUCUGCACGAUUGACUACUACUGAAGCAGAAGUGGGGUUGGAGUUUAAUAAAACUACAACUUCUGACAAUCUCCCAAAGAAUGAAGUUGUACAAGAAACCUUACGCGAGGCGAUAAACAGUACCACUUUCAACGUUACAUUCAUUCUUAACACCAUUAAUUUAAUAAGCACACCUUUGGCAACCCCUGCUCCCACUACAAAUGCUACAGAUAUUACAAAUACUACUACAACUGCGCCAACCACCAAUGCAACUACUACAAAUACUACAACUAUGCCAACCACCAAUGCAACUACUACAAAUACUACAACUACGCCAACCACCAAUGCAACUACUACAAAUACUACUACAACUGCGCCAAUCACCAAUGCAACUACUACAAAUACUACAACUACGCCAACCACCAAUGCAACUACUACAAAUACUACAACUACGCCAACCACCAAUGCAACUACUACAAAUACUACUACAACUGCGCCAAUCACCAAUGCAACUACUACAAAUACUACAACUACGCCAACCACCAAUGCAACUACUACAAAUACUACAACUGCUACAACUACGCCAACCACCACAACAACUACAACUGUGGAGUCACUAGUGAAAAGGCGACUGACUUUUAGGUCUGCAGGAGAGACAUUUACCACUGAGUUGCUGGACACAUCAUCUACAGCUUUCAUAAAACGAGCCGUACUUUUGAAGACCCAUCUUGAACCACUCUACCAGGCAGCGUUCGCUUCUUACCGCAGUUUCAUUGUGAUUUCAUUCAGCAAUGGAUCAAUCAUCAACAACAUUGACCUUGGAUUUGCAACAGCAUCCCAACCUAGUAGCACCCAAAUCACAGAUAUUUUGGUGAAAGCAAAUUCAACCAUCACAGCUUUCAACAUUGACAUCAAUUCAAUUUUUGUGGAUGGCACACAAACGUCGAGUGGAGCAAGCCAUACAAUCAGCCUCAUCACUGCAUUCAGCAUGGUCCUGUUGUCAUGGCUUCUUUCAACACAACAAUAACGUCUCUGCUGGCUUCCAGAGGAAAAUCUGCAUGAAAAUGUCAAUUAUUGCUUGUGUGAACAAGAAUGUUGUUCUAAUUCCGGACCAAGAUUCACUUAGAAUUUUAAACUUUAAAACAUUUAUUGAAACUUGAUCAUUUCCUCAUGUCAAUUUUGUCUUAUUUAUUAAUGAAAAACUAAUUAUUCUGUGUCAUUGUAUUAACUUAUCAUAUUCAUCAUGAAGGUAUUUCUUGAAGGAUUAUUUAGUUUGGUGAAGAUUUCUCUCAAUAAAUAUUGUAGGAUUUACCAAAAAUAAGCUGUCUGAGCAACGUCCUGUAUGAUUGUCCAGUUUUUCUUUUCCUUUUAAUUGUAUUUAUAACAGAAGGUAUUCUGUAAAGAAUAUACCUAUCAGUUUAAUAAAAGAUAAUGAAAACACAA